AUGGCGGAUAUUUGGGCUCCGGCUCCUGAGCCGACUACCGAGUUGGGACGUUACCGCGUUCUUUCUUCUACGGCUGGAAUUCGCGUCUCACCUCUCCAGCUCGGAGCCAUGUCCAUUGGCAAUGCGUGGGCAGAGACAAUGGGCUCGAUGAGCAAGGAUGAGUCCUUCAAACUUCUCGAUGCAUUUGUUGCAGCUGGCGGAAAUUUCAUUGAUACGGCCAACAAUUACCAGGACGAGCAAUCCGAGGCCUGGAUUGGGGAAUGGAUGGCCAAACGCAAGAACCGUGAUCAAUUGGUGAUUUCUACCAAAUUCACCACGGACUUCCGGUCGCAUAAGCUAGGCAAGGGAAAUGCCCCCAACCAUUGCGGCAACCACAAGCGCAGCCUCCAUAUGAGUGUUCGGGAUUCACUGAAGAAGCUGCAAACCGACUGGAUUGACAUCCUGUAUCUCCACUGGUGGGAUCAAACCACUUCAAUCGAAGAGGUUAUGGAUAGUCUUCAGAUCCUGGUGGAACAGGGCAAGGUACUCUACUUGGGUAUCUCGGAUACGCCGGCGUGGGUUGUGUCAGCGGCAAACUCAUAUGCUCGAGCCCACGGAAAGACGCCCUUUAGCAUCUACCAGGGUAGAUGGAAUGUUAUGCUUCGUGAUUUCGAACGGGAAAUCAUCCCCAUGGCGCGCCAUUUUGGAAUGGCACUUGCCCCUUGGGAUGUCAUGGGCGGGGGUAAAUUCAAAACAAAGGAGGAAAUUGAACGACGCAAAGCUCAGGGGCAGGGUCUCCGUAGCAUGUUGAAUGCGGAACAAAGCGCAGAAGAAGCCGCAAUGAGCGCAGCACUUGAAAAGGUUGCCAACGAGCAUGGAAUCAAAUCCCUCACCGCAGUUGCCCUGGCAUAUGUGAUGGCUAAAGCACCAAAUGUGUUCCCUCUUGUUGGCGGCCGCAGAGUCGAGCAUCUCAAGGAAAACAUCCAGGCUCUCAAUAUCCGGUUGACAGCGAAGCAAAUCGAAUACCUUGAGAGCCAAAAGCCGUUUGACGUUGGCUUCCCAAGCAACUUUAUCGGCCCGGAUCCCAAAGUGACUGGGAAAGCGUCCUUCCUUUUGGCUGCUAACGCCUCGUAUUCUUUUGUGCGGGCGCCCAAAUCUAUCACCGGCCCAGAAUAG